CUUAAUUGAAGGGUUGGUGUGAGUGGAAAAGCUAUUCUAUAACGUCCUAACUUCAAAAGGCAACCAAGUUUUUGCUUGCCUAGCAAAGUAAUAGCCCAGUUAAAUUAAGAGAGAACUAGAUAAGGAGAUGCCACACAUUGGACAUGCAUGCAUUGAAGGAUGUAUUGGAGGUCAAACUGGGAGAUCUGUCAGUUCUACAAUAUAUUGCACAACAGUCCAUAAGUGAUGUUUAUUUUAGAUAACUCUGUUGUGCUUUAUUUAAAUACAUAGUGAUAAUAUUGAUAUUUCGAGUAGAAAUUGCAACUUUAGGUUUUAGGCUCUAAUGAAUAUCUGAACUUUUACCCCCAGAUAAGUUCACAAAAGAAGAAAACAGGUGUCAUUGCACCAAAGCGUUUUGUUCAGAGAGUGAGAAAACAAAAUGAACUUUUCCGUGGCUACAUGCAUCAGGAUGCCCAUGAAUUUUUGAACUUCUUGCUCAAUGAACUUGUUGAUAUACUGGAGAAAGAGUCGCAAGUAGCAAAAUGUCCACCAUCUCAGGAAAGGAUUGCUAAUGGGCAGAAUAAUGCUCGGUCAAAUGGUGUCAAGGAGCCACUGGUUACCUGGGUACACAAGAAUUUUCAGGGAAUACUUACCAAUGAGACAAGGUGUCUAAGGUGUGAGACGGUUACAGCAAGGGAUGAGACAUUCUUUGACUUGAGCCUUGAUAUUGAACAGAAUAGUUCUAUCACUAGCUGUCUCAAAAACUUCAGUUCCACAGAAACCUUGAAUGCGGAGGAUAAGUUUUUCUGUGACAAGUGCAGUAGCCUGCAAGAGGCUCAAAAGAGGAUGAAGAUUAAAAAGCCACCUCAAAUUCUAGUCAUCCAUCUGAAGCGUUUCAAAUACAUGGAACAACUUGGUCGAUACAAGAAGUUGUCCUAUCGCGUAGUGUUCCCUCUAGAGCUGAAACUGAGCAACACUGUGGAAAACGCUGAUUCUGAAUACUCUUUGUUUGCUGUUGUCGUUCAUGUGGGGAGUGGGCCCAACCAUGGGCAUUAUGUUAGUCUUGUAAAAAGCCACAACCACUGGUUGUUUUUUGAUGAUGAAAAUGUGGAGAUGAUUGAUGAGUCGGCUGUUCAGACUUUCUUUGGAUCUGCUCAGGAGUACUCAAGCAAUACGGAUCAUGGAUACAUCCUCUUCUAUGAGUGCCUUUCUUCAGAUGAGAAGAGCUGAUGAAAGGGCAUCUAAUCAAGUGACUAUAUACUUUUGCCGUUUUAUAGCAAAGUGUUUUCUGUCCUCUACUCAUUUGAUCUCCUUUUGUUACCCAUCACGCUCAAUCGGCUCAGAGACUAGAUGCUUGUAGAGUGGAUGUUCGAUGUAUACCGGACAACUAUUUGUCGCAAUAAAAACAAGUGCAAAUCUUGAUACAGGAAUACUGUCUGUCUUGAGAUGUUUGCUGGUGAUUAGGUGA